CAUUCAAAAUGGCGACCAAUUUUGAUGCUGAACUUCGAAAGGCUUUCCAAGAACUUCAACUCAAAGUGAUUGAUGCAACACAGAAAGUCAAGAUAGCCGAAGCUCARAUAGAAGGAUUGAAAAGAUCAAAUCAACAUGCAAAAUUGACAGACCAGGAAAUCAGCACUCUSCCUGAGGAUACAAAAACAUACGAAUCAAUAGGACGRAUGUUUGUACUCCAACCUAUUUCUGAUGUAAGAAGUACAAUAGCAGAAAGAAUAAAAACAAAUGAAGGAAAAAUUGAACAGAUUCAGGCUAACAAAGAUUAUCUACAAAAGUCUGUCAAGGAUCAAGAAGAUAAUAUUAGAGAAAUGUUAUCACACCGAAAGUAGACUAAAACACACAUCGAUUCCCAAAGAUAAAACUGCUUGAUAUUGAAAUAGCUGCCACAGACUAUAUAUAUUUAUAAUAUAUCCCUGCUGCUAGCUAUUGCAGUAUUAUAAAACUACAAAUACUAWAAAGUUUCCUUUUAAUUUUGGUGCUUUCUGCCUCAUAGAAACAUACAGCUUCAGUGAACCCUGCUUCAUGACAAAACAAGUAUAACAUGUCAAUAUGCAUGUUUUCACUUGAUAUAAGCACAAUUGAGGUCUAUUUCUUACAUUGGAUGCAGAAGCAAGAUAAGUCCUACAGGUUUUCAUGGGUUUGUACACCUCAGCAUAUAUCUAUGCUUAUCUUUUUGCUGAUAAAGUACAUAUAUGAGGGGACAUCCUUUAGUCUUGUGAGAAUUUAGUGUGUUGGUUUAUCAGUUUAUCCAGUAUGUAGAGUGAAGGCAUAUAUUUAUUGUAGUCUUGUGUCAUAGUCAAGGUAUCCGCUCAACAGAGUUUUCAUUUCUUCYUCUGUCCAUGGAUAAGGUACUAGUAAAGGGAGAAAUUGCUCAAGGAAGUCACCUUGGCAGUUUUGAAUUUGUUUUGCUGUCUGGUAUCAAUGAAUAAAGUGAGUUUGAUUGAGAAAAGA